AUGCAUGAGCCUUCACCCGAUCCGUUCGGCCUGCGUCGUGGUGUGAGUUUUGCCCAAGUAUUGGCUGAAUCUGUGCAGGAGCCGAUAACACUAGCAGCUACUAGCUUGACGUAUUCGGGACAUAAGAUUUGUACUGUCGCGGCGCCGCCCCAUUUAUUGGGGUAUGGGCUGCUGUCGAGUAGCAGAGAAUGUGUGCCUUCACCGAACACAGCCGCUCAAACUUGGAAAGUAUCAGAGCCGCUGUCUCAAGUUAAGGGGAAAAAAAUUUCAUGCAGUCAGUGAAGAGUGGUCUUCAUACUGUAUAGAUGAGGAACUGCAACGACGUCAGUCAAGGUUGAGGUUUAUUAGGUCCAGCGGCGCUCAAUAAAGCACUAAUUAACUCAACCGGCUAGUUUUGUCCUCUAGAGAUGUAGCCCUUCCAGCAAACUAUAUACUUAUGCAAACCCCCCAUGCUCUUCUAAGGACCGGCAACCAUCGACGUGUGCGGAUAGGUGCGAUAGAUUGAGGUGGUGCCGAUAUUUUGUGGCCGUCAAGGGAGAACAGUGCAAGCUCUUUGAGGACUGCCAGGACACGAUGGCAGCUCUCAACACGGUCCUCGAAACAACUACAUACCAAAAGAGACCACGUACUUGUUAUUGUAGACUUGCUUUUUCGACCUAGAAGUUGUAGUUUUGCUCACCACGGUAAUUGACUUUGAUUGUUCAUCGUAAUCAUGAGAUUCGUUCUUUAGAAUCUCUCUUCUAGUACAACAUCUACUACGUUCUUUGGCACAAUCAAUACCACCCAGUGACCGACGUGACCGGUUACGAACUGUAUACGGACAAGCUUAUGCGUGCCGAUAUAUGUGCCAAGAUUAACGAGGACACCGAUCCCGGUUUCAAGGAGGCCACUAAUCUCUUAGGCCGCAUGGAGAAGCGUGGUAGUGCAACUGUAUGUGGUGAAACUUAUGGAUGAUGUUUUUUCUCCCAUCUUUAACAACAGACCAUGAUCUUCUGGGCUGCCCCUUUUCCCCUUGAUGCAAGUCGUAUCUGGGUUAAAACGGAGGAGCUUCGAUGGUCCUCUCUGCAUCUAUAGUAGACCUAGAUCUCUGCAUCUUCUAUAGUAGACCUAAAUAAAACAAAACGAGUAAGAGCAGCCGCGCCAUUCUUCAUAAAAGUUGCAACGCACUUGCGAACUGCGGGUUUUUUGCGACGACACCUAGCGGAGAUUGCCAUCUAUUCGCGGAAUGCCCGCGAUUGGAGACCUACGAUAGCCAGAAGAAGUUGAGAGACGCU